AUGAACAAACGGCUUAUCACACAAUUGGAUAAAAUAAAUGAUAUAAAAAAAAAUAUAUUUAUAAUAAGGAAAGAAAAAAAAAAAAUAAUAAAUAGCUUAUUUUCAGUUAGGGGAAAACAGCGUUUUUUACCUUUGAUAAAAUUUAAUAAAAAUUUUGGAAAAUCUACCAAUUUAAUAUUUCUAAAUGAAUUUAAGAAAUUAAAAAACUUUUAUCCAUAUACAAAAAUACAUAAAAUAGAAAACAUAAGAAAAGGUUGUUUAAAGAACAAAGAUAAUAGUAGCCAUAACAAAAAGGUUGAUCAAACUUAUAAUGAAAUGGAAUCAGAACAAGUGAAUAACAAUGGGGAUAUAAUUCCCGAUGAAAUAAAUGACAAAAAAAAAGAAAAGAAAGCUAAAAAGUUAGAAGAAAAAAAAUUAAAAUUAGCAAAAAAAUUGGAAAGAGAAAAUUUAAAAAAUGAAGCUGCAAAAGUUUUAGAGCAUGUAUGUGAAGAUAUAGAUAAAGAAAAUUAUGGAUAUGUUAAACUUAAUAUGAUGAUGGAAAAUGGAAAAAAAAUACAUCUUUACAAUCCAGAAGAAAUAUAUAAUUCAUUAUAUGAAACUAGCGAUAUAAAUUUGGAAAAAAAUGAAAAAAGAGAAGAUGUAGAAAGUGAAGUGAAUAAUAAGAGUAGUAAACUUGAGGAAGGAUCAAACUUAUGGGUAAGAGGUAGAAUCCAUGAUAUAAGAAGUAAAGGUUCUUUGGCAUUUAUUAUUUUAAGAAAUAAAAUAUAUUCUUUACAAUGUAUACUUGAUAUAAAAAAUAUAAAUAAUGACAAGAAUAUGAUAAAAUGGGUUAGUAACUUAUCACUUGAAUCUAUUGUUGAUAUAUAUGGAAAAUUAGUUAAGCCUGAAAUACCUAUUGAUAGUACAAAUAUAAAAUAUGAAAUUCAUAUUCAUAAAAUAUUUUGCAUAAAUAAAAAUAGUAAGGAGUUACCAUUUUUAUUAAAGGAUGCCAACAUGAAAGAAACAAAUGAUGAAGCUACUAUUCGAGUAAAUCAGGAUAACAGACUUAAUAAUAGAUGCAUAGAUUUACGUACAUAUGCAAAUUAUAGUAUAUUUUAUUUACAAUCAGAAAUAUGUAAAAUAUUUAGAAAUUAUUUAAUUGAUAAUAAUUUUACUGAAAUUCACACACCUAAAUUGUUAGGAGAGAGUAGUGAAGGGGGAGCUAAUGCUUUUCAAAUAAAUUAUUUUAAUCAGAACGGGUUCUUAGCUCAAUCUCCACAAUUAUAUAAACAGAUGUGUAUCAACUCUGGAUUUGAUCGUGUUUUUGAAAUAGGGCCCGUUUUUAGAGCUGAAAAUAGUAACACGUAUAGACACUUAUGUGAAUAUGUAUCGCUAGAUGUUGAAAUGACAUAUAAAUUUGAUUAUAUGGAAAAUGUAUAUUUUUAUGAUUCUAUGUUUAAAAAUAUAUUUAAUAAAUUAAUAAAUAAUGAAAAAAAUAAAUUAUUUAUAAAAAAUAUAAAAAAUCAAUAUCCUUCUGAAGAUUUCAAAUGGCUAGCUGUCACACCCAUAUUUACGUAUGAACAAGCAAUAAAAAUAUUGAUAGAACAUAAAAAACUUAAUUUACAGCCAGAAGAAAUAUUAACAUAUGAUAUGACAACAGAUAUGGAAAAAGAGUUAGGAAAAAUUAUAAAACAAACACAUGAUACUGAUUAUUAUAUUAUUAUUAAUUUUCCAUCUUGUCUUAGACCAUUUUAUACAAUGUAUAAUGAGGAAGAUCCAAAAAUUUCAAAUUCAUAUGAUUUUUUUAUGAGAGGGGAAGAAAUAUUAUCAGGUUCACAAAGAAUUAGUGAUGUAAAACUUUUAUUAGAUAAUAUUAAAAAAUUUAAUUUAGAUCCUAAAAAGCUAGAUUUUUAUAUUGAUUCAUUUGCUUAUUCAUCAUAUCCUCACUCGGGUUGUGGUAUAGGUUUAGAGAGAGUUCUUAUGCUUUUCCUUGGUCUUAACAACAUACGAAAAACAUCUCUUUUCCCUAGAGAUCCAAAGCGUUUAACUCCCUGA